AUGAACAAAAUUACACAAAAGCUCCAAACAUUUGCAAAAAUUAGACAACUUCACACAAUCAUAUCUCAGGAAACCAUUACACCAUCUUCCCCAACACCUCCGCACCUGAAAACUCAUAAUCUCUCGUUGCUUGAUCAGUUUGCUCCCGACAUGCACACACCAUUUGUUUUCUUCUACCGGAACUACAAAAAUGGCGACAACAAACUCCUAAAGCAAUCCUUAUCACAGUGCUUAACACAAUACUACCCCUUCGCAGGUGGAAUUCCAACCCCUUUUUUACCUUACAUCAACUGCAACGACGAAGGGGUUGAAUUCCUUGAAGCUUUUAAUGAUAUCCCACUCGAUGACUUCAUUCACAAGAAUGAGCAAAACGAAACCCUAGACCAACUCUUUCCUUAUGGUCUCAGCUCUACUGUUCGUGCUUCUUGCCCUAAAUUGCUCGAUGUCCAGUUGAACCAUUUUGCUGGUGGUGGAGCAGCGGUGGCUGUGUCCAUGUCGCACAAGCUUGCUGACGGAGCCACCUUUGCCAACUUCAUCAACCAUUGGGCCACUGUUACACGUUGUCAGCCACCGGUAAAUCCAUCUUUCGUCUCAUCCUCUACAAGUAAUAACGUUAGGUUGCCUAAGUUCGUUAUUAAGGAUUUGGAUAAAGUAAAUGUGAAAGCAGCCGCGAUAAAGUCAGAUUCUUUGAAACCAUCAAGCUUGUCUGUAGCUACGAACAUGAGGAACAAGGUUGUUGAAAACUAUUCUGAAACAGCAGCAGGAAACUUAUUCACGUUAGCGAUAGUAAAGAUGGAGGAAUUUGGGGAAAUCAGGUUGAGUGAGGUGAUUUCUGAGGUAAGGAAGGCGAAAUUGGGUCUUGAAGGAAUGAGAGAUGAGCAAGAAGUAGUUGACAAGUUGUUAAACACGUUCUCCACUUUACAGGGUGAUAUUUAUUAUAGUUCAAGUGUGUGUAGGGUUCCAUUUUAUGAAGUGGAUUUUGGGUGGGGCAAGCCACAAGAAGUUGUAUUAAGAAUUCCAAAUGUGGAUGAGAAUACUAUCAUUUUGAUGGAUACUCCAUCUGGAGAUGGUAUUACAGCACAUGUGCAUCUGCCAGAAGAAGAAAUGGCCAUUCUUCAUAAGGACAAAGAGUUUGUUAAUUAUCUUCAAGACAUCUAA